AUGUCAAAAAGAAAGCGAUCUGAAGCCUCACGGGACAUCAUGAACAAAUUAACUUGCCCUAUCUGUGUCGACUAUUUUAGUAAGCCCACAUAUCAAUGUUCAAAAGGCCACUCAAUCUGUGCUGGCUGCUAUCAAAAUUUAUCAAGACUGAACCCAAUCUGCCCUCUUUGCCGAAUUCGAUAUCCACCAACUCCAAUUCGUAAUUUCCUUCUUGAGUCCAUGCUUGAAACCUACCCCAGCUCUUGCAAAUAUGCAAAAGACGGCUGCAAGGAGACAUUAAAUCUCUCCAAUCGGCAUGACCAUGAAAAAUCCUGCCCAUUUGACAAAGAGGUGAAUUGCCCAGUUUUUAACUUUAUCGCUAACGAGAACACACCACCUGAUAUGUGUAAGUGAAGAAAUAGCAUCGAUAAAUUAAUUGAACACUUUCAAUCUGAUCAUAAUUUAAAUCCUGAAGAAAAUUCUCAAAGUUCAGUUACCUUAAAUUGAGGAAAAACAUUAAAUUCAGAUUUUAUGUACCGAAAAAAGCUUGUAGUAAUUAAGGAAAAAUAUGUGCUGGUAACGCUUUCGCAUUUAUUUGAGGCCUAUGAGCUUGGAGUUAUGGUACUGACUUUAAAUAAGAGGUGCGAUGUUAAUGUAAAAAUUAAAAGUGGGGAAAUGUUUUAUAAGAUGGUUAAACCAUGCUUUGGGAUGAAAUCUGUUGUGGGAGAUGUAUGCAUUUUUACGUUGGGAACUGUUGAAUUGCUUGUUUUAGAGGAUAAACUUGAAUUGAUAACAAAGAUUUCAAUUGAUUAA